AAUUUUAUAUUUCGUAAGACUAUGUCGACCGACCCUUCUAAAUAUGUGUUCAACCACACAAUGAUUCGUGUGAAGGACCCAAAAGUCUCCAUUAAGUUCUAUGUCGACGUUCUCGGUAUGAAGUUGAUUACCAAGUCAGAGAUGGAAGCAGGAAAGUUCACGCUUUACUUCCUUGCUUACGUCGAUAAGGUCCCCGAGUCAGAAGAAGAGAAGAGAAAGCUCUGCUUCAGUAUGCCUGGUGUUCUUGAACUCACCCAUAACUGGGGUACUGAGAAUGAUGCUGAUUUUGCCUAUGCCAACGGCAACAAGGAGCCUGGAAGAGGAUUUGGUCACAUUGCCGUCCUUGUGGAUGAUAUCCAAAAGGCAUGUGAGCGCUUUGAGCAACUUAGCGUCAAGUUUAUUAAGCGUCUUCAGGAUGGAAGCAUGAAACAUAUUGCGUUCAUCGCUGAUCCUGAUGACUACUGGGUUGAGAUUAUCGAGAAUCCUUCCAUUGUUGGACGUGCCCCUAUUUAAUAAUAAUAAUAAAAACCCUUUUUCUUUUUCAUUUACAU